AUGGCGGACCAACUUUCUGAAGAGCAAAUUUCUGAGUUCAAAGAGGCCUUCUCUCUGUUCGAUAAGGAUGGGGACGGCACGAUCACGACCAAAGAGCUUGGCACCGUGAUGCGCUCGCUUGGACAGAACCCUACCGAAGCGGAGCUCCAGGACAUGAUCAACGAGGUCGAUGCAGAUGGCAAUGGCACCAUCGAUUUCCCCGAGUUCCUGACGAUGAUGGCGAGGAAGAUGAGAGACACCGAUAGCGAGGAAGAGAUCAAGGAGGCGUUCAAAGUAUUCGAUAAGGAUGGGAAUGGUUAUAUCAGUGCUGCUGAGCUCAGGCAUGUCAUGACGAACUUGGGUGAGAAACUGACCGACAGUGAAGUUGAUGAAAUGAUUCGGGAGGCGGACGUCGACGGCGAUGGCCAGAUCAACUACGAUGAGUUCGUCAAGAUGAUGCUUUCUAAAUAA